AUGGCCGUCCCAGGAAAGCAGUCAAGAUGGGGCUCGUUCCUCUCACAGGCUGUUGCAGGUGUUGAAUCGAGGCUGGACAACAUAUUGGCCGAUCCCGAGGAUGCCCCGGCCCAAGACGCAUCUACUGCUUCUGCUGCCCUCCCUGCCGGCCCUGCCGACCCUGCGUCUGCCGACCCAAAAAGCACAAAGCAGCAACAAGCAUCGCAACGGUUAGCACCCCUUGCCAGGUCAAGCCCUAGCAACUCGCGGUCUUCAUCUACCAAUCGUGGCAAUGAACGAUUGCAAGCAAGAUUGGCUCAGGCCGUGUCUGGCAAGGGCACACCCAGCCGUCCCGCAAGCAAAGGACCGGCGUCUCCUCGAAGCUCAGUCGACCGAGUAAGCCGACCUUCCACAGAGCGACAAUCGGCCGACCUGCCGAAUGAAACCAAGACAGAGGCCGGCGCGGCUAUUUCAGAAUCUUAUUCCGAAGUGCCACCGUCAGUCGACGAUCUGUCAGAGGGUACGCCAGAAACCGUCGGGGUCUCUUCCACCGAACCGCCCGUUGCCGACGUGGACCUCCGUGAAGUCCCUGAUGGAGACUCACUGUCCAACGAAGACGUCUCGCAUCUUUCUAGGCAACUGGAGCCCGCUCAAGAUGAUACGCCAGUCCUGACGGCACCGGCAUCAUCUAAUAGCGCGGAACUUGCAACACAACUAGAAGAGCUCAAAGCUCGACACCGAGACGAGGUGCAAGAAUACACUGAAAGAAUAGAUUCACUUCAAUCCAAACUCCAAUACUUGUCUAGAUCCACGGCGGAUGCCGCCAAAAUAUCGGCAUCAUCAGCGCCGACAGGGAGCCACGAAAGAAAGCUCGCCGAGAGGGAUGAAAAGAUUGCUUUGCUCAUGGAAGAGGGAACAAAACUGUCAACAAGUGAGCAUAAGCUUAGAACUACAAUCAAGAAGCUGCGUGCUCAAAUAGGAGAGAAUGAGAAGCAAGCAGAAGAGCUCAAAAAAGCCCGGGACAAGGCCUUGUCUGAUGCGGAGACUCUCCGUGCUCGCCUCAACAGCUUCAAGGAGACCGAGAAGGACAGGGAGGAGGCCAAACGUGCUGCAGCUGCGCUGCAAAGGGAGCUUGAUACACUCAGAAAGGAUAGUGCGAAGAAAGACGAUGCUCACCGGCGACUGGAACAGGAGUGGAAAAAUAAAGCAGAGCAGGCUGAAUCCAUACAGUGGGAAGCCAUGAAUAAGGCACUGGCCGCGGAGCGUCAAAAGCAAAAGACCCUGGAGGAUGCCAAUUCGACCCUUCGGACUGAGAGAGAUGCAGCCGUGGAGAGGGCUCGUCAGGAAGAGACCGAAUGGCGUGAGAAGCUCGAUCGUAUUGUUGAGCGCAGCCGUAAAACCGAAGAAGAGCUCGAGAUCGAGCUGCAAUCAAUGGAAGGCAAGUUGGAAGCCUUGAGAACUGCGGCAGAAGAAGCCUCGUCUGGCUCUGGUGGAGAGGCCCAAGUGAAGACUUUCAGACAAAUCGAGACUCUGCAAUCUCAAUAUGCGUCUGCCAGGGAGAACUGGCAAGGCAUUGAGGCGUCCCUCCUUGCCAAGGCAGCAAACUUGGAAAAGGAGAGAGAUGAAGCGCAGCGUCGAGAGUCAGAGAUGAGAAAGAAAGCAAGGGAUGCCUCCGUCCGAUCAAGACAUCUCGAGGAGGAGUUACGCGAUGUACAGCCGUCGCUAGCCACAGUCCGUCAGGAAUUGGAAGAAUGUCACAGCGAGUUGACGACAUUACAGGCUUUGUACAAAGAUUCACAAGCUGCGCUGGAAGAAGCUCGAGCAGAGCUGGAGAAGGCGAGACAGAAUACUUUUGGGAGAGAAGAUCCCGUUGGAGUGGAACGACGUCAAUGGUUAGAUGAGGUGGCGGGAGCAACAUCGAAAGGUCAACAGAGCCGACCUGACUCACCACUUCUCUCCGCCCCGAGAACGUUCAGCUCCGACCUGACGGGACUAGGCGUCUUGAGCAAACCACGGAGACCUCAUGCGCCUGGCAGCAUACCAGAAAGCCUGACGGAGACCAUGUUACCGGUCAGACGUGUUUCGGGACAGCAAACGCUCCGAACCAGAGAAUCGUCAUAUACCGGAUCUGCCCCGAUGCCUACGCCGUUCUCGCCGUUCGAGUCGUCGAGCGAACCCCCACAACUCCCAUCGCCUCCUGCCCCUGAGGGAGAAAACGCAGUGUCGGACACAAUGCCUUCCUCGCCUCGUCAGAUGGCGCAGGACAUGGUCUCCGUAUCAACAGUGGCCGCAGGGCCGUCAGUUCAACUAGUUGAGAGAAUGAGCGCCGCCAUCAGAAGACUAGAGGCAGAAAAGGUCACGGCAAAGGAAGAAAUGGCGAGAAUUUGCAGUCAGAGAGAUGAGGCCAGAAUGGACAUGGUCAGUCUCAUGAAGGAGCUAGAGGAAAAGAAGACAGUCGCCGCCAAGGUGCAACAGCUGGAAGAGGAAAUAUCGCAUAUUGACUCGAGAUAUCAAACAACACUAGAGAUGCUGGGUGAGAAAAGCGAACUUGUGGAAGAGCUGAGGGCCGAUGUUGAGGAUGUCAAGGCAAUGUAUCGUGAACUCGUUGAGCGAACAGUGAAAUGA